AUGAGACACUCCAUCUUAAACAUCCUGGGUGUCAGCGAGAGCAGAUGGACGGGAUCAGGAAGAUUAACAACAGCCUUGGGAGAAACUUUGCUGUAUUCUGGAUGGGAUGAUGGACAACACAAUGAGGGUGUUGCCAUCCUUUUGAAGAAGGGAGUGGAGCAUUCCCUGCUUGAAUGGAAGUCCAUCAGGAGCAGACUUGUGAGAGCCAGACUGAAAGGAAAACAUAAUAUCACCUUGAUUCAGUGUUAUGCUCCAACAAAUGACAGUGAUGAAGAAGUAAAGGACAAAUUCUACCUUACAUUACAGACGCAGAUGGAGAGAGUACCACGCCACGACCUAACUAUCGUCAUGGGAGACCUAAAUGCCAAGGUCAGUAAGAAUAAUACAAACAACAGAGCAAUGGGAAGACAUGGGUGUGGCACCAUGAAUGAAAAUGAAGAGAGGCUUCUUGAUUUCUGUAAUAUGAAUGACCUAGUCAUUGGCGGAACCCUAUUUCAGCAUCGUGAAAUUCACAAGCUGACGUGUUAUCCAAAUGGCAGAGAUAAGAACCAGAUUAACCCUAUCAUGAUCAAUGGCAAAUGGCAACGCUCGCUGACAGAUGUGAAAGUGAGAAGGGGUGCAGAUGUUGGCAGUGACCACCACCUUGUGACAGCCUCCAUCAAGCUGGAACUGAGAAUUAUAAAGAACAGGUUUCAAGCUCUUGCAAACCUUGAUGAAGUGGAGGGGAAUGCAGAUGAGGAGAUCAGCAAGAAGUGGGAUAAAUCUAUCCUGGCCCCUCUAUGUACAUCAGUCUGGGAAAGGAAAAACGUGCCAGAUGAGUGGACCAACGGGGUUAUAGUGAAGAUACCAAAGAAAGGAACUCUCAGUGAUUGUAAUAACUGGUGUGGUAUCACACUUUUGUCUGUGCCAAGCAAAGUAUUGUGUAAGAUUAUAGUCCAUUGUAUAUCAGAGGCAGUCAAUAGCAUUCUCAGAAAAGAGCAAGCUGGUUUUAGGAAAGGGCAUGGAUGCACAGACCAGAUCUUCACUCUACAAAACAUAAUAAAACAGUGCUUAGAAUGGCAAUGGCAACUCUACAUAAAUUUCGUAGACUUUGAGAAGGCUUUUGAUAGCAUUCACAGGACCAGCCUAUGGCACAUUCUGCGGGCAUAUGGAAUCCCUGUCUGUAUAAUCAACAUAAUCAAAAGCUUUUAUUUCAACUUCACAUGCAGUGUUGAUCACAGUGAGCUCAGUUUUGAAGUCAAAACAGGAGUAUAUCAGGGGUGUGUCAUGUCUGCAAUCCUCUUCAACAUUGCCAUUGACUGGGUAAUGCAGCAUACAACAGAAUACAUGCCAAGAGGCAUUAAAUGGACACCCUUCUCAUUGCUUGAAGAUCUGGACUUUGCAGAUGAUCUCUCUCUCCUGUCACAUACCCAACACCAUAUACAAGAAAAAACAUCCCGCCAGCAAAUUGGACCGAAAAAUCAACCGCAAUAA